AAUAACCGAGCGUUUUUUGUUUGUAUAUAUUGUUUUAAAAAUCACGGAGCGCAUGCAGUCAAAUAACGUUCAUUGGAGUCUACAUUUUUUAAAAAUCUUCUCAGUGUUGUCCAGUCAAAAUAGUCGAAUUUGUCCGGAAUCGUAUAAGCAACACAGUACUCGUUUAUAUCUACCAUGAAAGCCAUAAUAUUAUGUAGUCUCGUGUACGUUAUUUUCACGAUCGUCGGUACUGAAGCGGCUAAAUUGCGUAUGUAUAACAGUAUAAUAUUAACAUGUAAUAACUGCAAUAGUAAUAUUGUUAUAAUAAUGUAUGUUAUACAAACGAUAUUGAAUAAUCAUUAAUGAAUAAUAAUAGGUUAUACUACAAUUUGGAUUAAUCAAAUCUAAAAAUGUUUAUAUUAUCAUCGGUACACCGAGUGCUUGAAAACAGUGAAGAGCAGAUUUUUUUUUUUUUAUGUUCAAAUUAUUUUAAAAUAUUAUGCAUGAAAAUAAUCAGAAAAUAUACAUUUUUAUACUGUGGUUUCUGGUAAAUUAGUACAUUUUGUCUAGUUUGUGUAUUCAAAUCAUAUUUAAGAUUUUCUUAACGGUUAGGAAAAACUUCGGAAAUGGGAAUGUUAACGCAAUCACGAUUUCUGUUAAUUUCAAUUAUGUUUUAGAUUCUGCGCGCAAAAAAAAAAAUAAAUAUUGCUUCUAAUAUGUGUGCAAUAUUUUUAAUCUGUUAACCACUUUUCUAUCAAAAAUCACUUACUAACCAAAAAAUAACAAAGAAGUCAUUUUUGGAGAAUUCUGGAUCUAGUAGGUGUAUUGAGUAGUAUAUUUUUUAAUUUUCUAAUUAGUUUUUCUAGUAAUUUUGAAAAACGGACAAAUUUAGGUGUUAUUACCGUAAACUUAAAUAUAAAUAGUAAUAUUUAAGUAUUUUAGAUUUUGUAUUUUUUUUUUUUGUGAUUAGUUUUCCAUUGCCGUAGUAAAAGUCUGAUGAUUAUUGAGCUCUUUAUUAGCAUUUUCGAGUUUUUUUUCUUAUCUGUAUAUAACGCUAAAUCAACAUUGACAAAAUACUAUUUAGAUCAUAAUUGGAUUUAAAAUAUUUUUAAAUGCCAACAUUUUUACGAUUUUUGUCAAAAUGUUUAAUUUAAACUACUUAUAAAAAGAAACUAGGUACUUAGGUACUUAUGAUGAACUCUUUUUUCACCACUAAUUACAAUUUAUGUCUCGUCAAACAAAUUUAUUCUAACGAAAAUAAAUAAAACUAACAACUAGAAAAUGUCAAAUACCUAUAAAUAGCUUAAAAAUCCCCAGAAUAUUAUGAAAAUCGUUACAAGUUUAGAAAAGAAAAAUAUAAGAAUUUGGUGAAAAUCUCUAAUGUUUACAAUUAUCUACAACAAAAAACUAAAAUCGUUAAUACUGUACAUUUUCCCACAUUUUUUUUCCCCAUUUAUAAAGAAAACUAUAAUGACGCCACAAUGCUCAAUCUAUAUCGAAAAUGGUACCAAUUUUCUUGUCGUAUUCUGAUUAGAACAUUAUUUCUGAUAAAAAAAUAUUGUCCACGCGCACACACACAAAUAAGCUCACAUCAUAGACAUACUAAUACAUUAAUUGUUCCACACAGAGUAUAAAAAAAUGCGGUUUAUGGUCACAUUCCUGUCUGAUAUUUCCCCAUUGGACAUAUCCUCGUCUAAUUAACGUUAAUACCUUACAGUUUACUAUAGGUAUAACUCUUAUAAGGUUAGGACCCUCACACUUAUUUCCAGGCCUGGAACAUGUAACUAUAUAUAGGUAAAAAAUUUUAAAAUUUGUUUUUCUUAAACUAAAACUGCCAGUAUUUCACUAUUUAUUUUUUUAAAUCAAUUUCCGUCUGACAUUUCUCUAAUGAUUUUCAAUAUACUUAAGUUAUUUAUGUUCUAUCAGUAUUUAUUAUUUGUUGAUAUCAUGUUCGUAAGGCCAGCACCAUUACCUCGUGCUACAGACUUCAAACCUGUGCCAUUAUUUUGCAAAUAAUUUGCUAAAAUUUGAUUAUUCUCGAAAAAAACGGGAUUUCUCUUAGCGGUAAUUUUACAAUUAUACAGAUUGAUAUUAUUUCAGCAUACAUGACCGAAAAAACAAAAUAAGCUUACCAUACAAUUAUAUUAAAUAAACAAAUAUAAUGAUAUAUUUAAUUCUAAUUUUUAUAUCAUGGUCAAAUAUGAAUAUUUGUUCUAAAAAUGUCUGUAUUUUCCUAUUUAUAUAGUUUACAAUAAAUAAGUCGAGAGACCACUGAAGAUUUACGUAUUUAUUGUUUGUACAAGGUAUUAAUUGGACGGGGAAACGUCCGACGGAGAAAUAAACCAGACCGGGAAAUGGGGACGGGUAUAUGACAUGCUACCAAAAAUUCACAUCAUAGUAAAACUGAAACAUUUUUCAAUGCAAUCAGAAUCUAAAAGUUCAGCGUAAUGACAUUUUUUUUUAUGAGUUUAAAUUUUGACGAAAUAGUUAAACUAAUUUAACUUCGCUUAGAAUCAUAUUUUGUUAGUAAUGAUAUCGAUGCGCAGAGAUAUAAAUUAAAAAUUAUUAUAAUAUGUUGAAAAAAGGUAGCAUAUUAUAUUAUCUUUUCCCAAAUACUCAUCUGUAACAGUGGUACACUUACAGUGCGAUGUAUGUUCCUUUAAUUUUUUUUUUGAAAAUCGUUUUUUCGGACAAAUUUUAUAAAUGUAGAACUGUCGUGAUUUGUUUGAUAGGUAAAAAGAAACACUUAAAAGAACUGCUGUUAUUUACUACAAUCUCCUAAAAAAAAAAUUCCACGUUGUAAUAAUUCAUACUUUUGAUAAAAUAUAGAAAAAAACAAUUAAAUGAAAUUCUAUAUCGUAGUAAAAUAUUGUUAAAUUGUAUUACCUAUAUUAUUUGCAUAGCAAAAGGUUUUAUACAAUGCAGGAAAAGCGAUCCGAAUAUAGACGAAUGUUUAAGGAGCGCAUUUCAAGCCACUGUUCCUCAUUUGGUAAAAGGUAAGAAUAAAUAAGUUAACACUAAGACCGUAUUAUAAAUGUAUAAGAAUCUAAUCAUUUUUAUAAUAUUAAACUUAUUUAGGCGUUCCGAAUAUGGGUAUAGUUCCAUCGGAUCCAUACAAAAUCACGGAGCUAGAAAUAGACCAGGGCAAUAACGGAGCAGUGGGUUUUAAAAUAAAAUUCAGAGAUUUGAGUGUGAUCAAUUUGAGAACCGCCGUGAUCACGAAAGCUCAGUAAGUUUAUAUAUUAUCAUAACCACUUGCAUUUGGAAUAAAAAGUAAGUGGUUUUAUUUUUAUAUAUUUUACCUAUCUAUUAAUUUACGUUAAAACUAAGUUUGAUUUUACUGUGUAAUAUAUAGUUACGAUCCCGUCAAACAUAAUCUCACACUCGAGAUAAAAAAUCCGAAUAGUUUGAUAUUCGGUGGAGACUACGAAGCGAGCGGAAAAAUCCUUAUUUUGCCGAUUACGGGACAGGGUAAAGCGAAAAUUGUCGCGGGUAAUGAAAUAAUAAUAAUACAAUUUUUAUGCAACUGUAUUUAUUUUUCAUAUCUAAUAUAAAUAUUUUGUUUAGAUAUUUCGAAUUAUAUCGGUAACGCUAUUAUGAAACCGGUAGUCAAAAAAGGAACCACAUAUUUGGAAAUCGUUGAGAUAAAAUGGACGUUUGUACCGAAUAAAAUACAUAUGAAACUAGAUAAUUUAUUUAAUGGCAACAAAGAAUUAGGUAUGUUAUCAAUUAUAAUAAUAUUAUAUUUGGGGCCAUUAGUGAAACUACACAAUUUUAUUAAGAUAGGCCAAAUGAUAAAUAUGAAAAAAAAAACUAUAAUUACAACUCUUUACUCUAUAGGUUAAGUUAUCGAUCAUAAUCCACUUAUAAUGGAAAAAAAAAACAAACUACAACAUAAAAAUAAACGUCAAAUUAUCUGUGUAUGAUUGAAUUUAAAGAAAUUAUAUUAAACCCGCAUUUACAAUAUGUAUAAAUGCAUUAUCCGUGCAUUAUGUAUAAUUUUAUUUAUUUAAAUAAAAAAUUAUAGGUAUUUUAGAUGCAAAAAUUAAGUUUUUAAUUUAAAAUUUUUAAUUAUUAAAUCUGUAAUCCAGUCAGGCCACGGCCUGACCCGUAGUUUCGCUUAAGUAACAACGGCAAGAAUUCAAAAAAAGUUCUCUGGAUAGUGAAAAUGUGUAAAUUAUUGUAACGGGAUUCCGUUUGAUUAAAGAUAUUUUUACUAAUCAAAAUUCACAUAAGGACUUUAAACAGUCGAAUUGGGAAACGUACAAUAAGGGUAUGCCUUUAAGUAAAAAUAAUAUUAAUAUAUUAUUAAUUAUUUAGUAUUAAUAGUAUUUAUAUUAAUAUUAUUAUUACUAUUUCAAUGUUGUAUUAAUAAAUAGUGUAUUUCUGUCCAAACUGCCCAAUGGGGCGUUGAUUAAUUAUAAAUAAAUAAAUAAUGUAAUGUUCAAUAUUUAGUAACAUUUAAACGAAAAGUAUUUCGGAUCAUGUGAUAAAGAUCACGCUACAACCAAACAAAUAUUUCAAAAACGAGAGAUCCACAACAUUUUAUACAAGCCAAACAUUCUAGCGAUUAUAUCAGGAAUAAACAGAAUUGUUCGGCUAUACCUGGAGAGCAGAUUGGCAAUUGUUAAUGAAAGUGCUGGUGGAAAAAAAAUAGAACAAGACCCCUAGGGAGCUCGGUUGAUUGAUUAGUAUACAUCUGUACACUAUACACAAUACACAUGUUCUAGUUGUUGUAGACCAAAAAAAAAAAAAAAAACGUAAUAUAUUAAUUUUAACUAUAUAUUCAACAUAACUAACAAUAAGUUCCCAUAACCUGGUAGGUAAUGAAUAAAAAAAUGUUGUUCUUGUUCACCGAUUCUAAUGUGUCCAAGUAUUUUUAUGAGUAUCUGUAUGGUUUUUGAUACUGUGUCCCGUCUUUUAUGUACUACUAUAUAUCUCAGCCUAAAGAUCUAAAGAUUGAAACGGGAUUUCCGAGAGGUGAUGGAAAGUACCGAAAUACACAUUCUGGAAUAAUUUUCAGUUUUUAACCUUUUCAGUACACGCAUGCGCAGUUAAAAUUACUUGUUUUGAACAGCAACCAUUGUUUUUGUCACCAGAUAUAGAUAGAUUAUUUUUUUAUAAGUCAUUUUAAUCUGUUGACCAUAGACCUAAACCUAACAUUAACAGCGUUAUAGCUUUUUGACAUUUGACAGUAACACACUUGCAUUGAGUGAUUUUUUUAUGGAUUUGAAAAUUUGUAUUAUGAAAUAAAAUUAUAAUUCAUUUUCUUUUUGAUUCAUUGAUUAUGGAUUUUAACUUAAAGUUGACAGAGUUAGAGCUUUUUGAAAUUUAAAAAUAAUUGGAUCUUUUCGUCUGUAAGUGUGAAUAGAUAAUAAUAGAGAAAAUGUAUAAGAUAAAAAUUAAACAUAAAUAAAAACAAUACACUACAAAGUAAUUAUAAUUUUAUUUCACAAUACAAAUUUUCAAAUCCAUAAAAAUAUCACUUAAUGCAAGUGUGUUACUGUUACUGUCUGUUACUGUCAAGUCUGUCACUGUCAAAUUACAAAAAGCUGUAACACAGUCAAUGUUAGGUGUAGGUCCUUGGUCAUUGGUCAAUAGAAUAAAAUUACUUAUAAAAAAAAUGAUCUAUCAAUAUCUGGUGACAAAAAUAAGGCGACUCACGGUUAUAGAUAAUUAUAGACAAUUAAUAUAGAUUAUAGAUAAUUAUAGAUAGUUAUAGAUAAUUAAUUAUCUAUAAAAAUUAAAUUAUUCAUAAUUAUAAAGUAUACUCUAUGUUUAUUGUCUAUAUACUUUAUUAUACUUAUAAGUAUAAUUGGGGAGCAUUUAAAAAGUCGAAAAUAAUUCAGUUAAAUCGCAUCUCAUUUGAUAAAUAAGUGAGAAGUUUAUUUUUUUUCCUAAACAGUGUAUGAGUUGUAAAAUAUUGUGGCUAAUCAGUAUUUUAUCUGAAAUCUAUUUUUCUGUAAAUAUUAAAACUGACCAUAAAAAUCCAAACGAAUUAUGUGUGAUAAUCCGUGAUUACCAACAUAGAUACGUCUUAUUAGUACGGUGGCAACUCGGUUCGACUUUGGUCGUCAUUCGAUUGAAAUAAUACGUUUAAUACGUUAAUUACAUUAAAUAAUACGUAUUUCUAUGUUUAAAAAUAUUUAAGAUUAGAGUUUAAUUAUCUGUUUGUUCAAAAAAUUGUGUUAGAAUUAUACGAGUAAUUCAAAAUUUGUACAUUCUUUCAAAUUGUCGUUUAAGAUAAAGAAGUUCAAAGUUUUAUAAUUUUACAUUUUCUGAUUGAAAAUUUAAAAAUAGCAACAGCAGUCUUACAAAAAAAAAAAAAAAAUGAUAAAAAUUCAAAAGUGAAGUUUCGGUUAAAAUACGGUCGGUUGUUUUAUUUUGGGCUCAAUUUUGUAUUACUACAAAAAAGAUUUUAAAAGUUCAGAGCUCUGGAUAUCGAAAAUAAUUGUUAGGGUUAUUAUUAGGUUAUUAGAGAAAAUCAUAAAAAUUUGAUAAUAUUGUUAUUUUUUUUAGUAAUAAUGUAUGUAAUAUAAUAUUAAAACUCACGAAUUUGAAGAUGUUUAGAAAAACAUUUUUGCAACAUCGGUAAAUUGUUUGGUGUUUUAUGCCACAAAUUACACCAAUGUGUUUGUCAAAUUAAUACAUCACCAUAGUGGCCAAUUAAUAUUUUUUAAUAUAAAGUGGCAAAUUAUAUAACUAUCUUUUUGAUUUGAUACGACAAAAUUAAUUAUAUUUGUAAAUGUUUUUCAAAAAUUAACAUUUAAUUAUUGAUAAUUUUCGAUUGUUUUUUCCUGACAGGUGAUAAUAUGAAUAUAUUCCUAAACGAGAAUUGGCGUGAAAUUUUAAAAGAAUUACAACCCGCAAUCGAAGAAGUUUUUGGCGCUAUUUUCAAAACUAUUGGUCAACAAUUUUUGAAUUAUGUUCCUGAAAAUCAAUUAUUAUUAGAUUAAUUAAUUCAGAUUAUGUUUUUAAAUAUUAUGAAGUUGGGCCGUUACAUGUAUUCAUCAUUAUAGGUACUACCGAUAAAAUAUUACUCGCAUAAUAAUUACCAAAGCAUUUCACGUUAUAUAUAAUAAUAUAUCAAAUAUGAAUGUAUCAAUUAUUAUUAUAUUAUUAUCAUUAGUAUAUAUUAAUAGUCGUACUUAUAUUAUUUAUUUAUUUAAAAAAGAUCUAUUGCACUUACUAAUAAAAAAAAAAAAAGUUUAAAAUAAAACAAACAAAUAUAAAAAGACGUUCUAGGAUAAUGGGGAUGGGUUGAGCUACUGUUAUAGGCAAUUUAAUGUAUACCUGUAAGUAACAAUAAACCAUUGUUUACAAAAAAACGAUUGUAAGCGGAAUUCAGUUUAUAGUGAUGUUUUGUCAACAAUAUAUACGUCAUAAUAGUAAAAUAAUUAAAUAGGCUUAAUAUAUAUUCUCAGUGACCUCCUUAAAGUACCUCUCCACAUUGAUUUUCCACCAGGAAAGGUGUUACACUUAAAAAUCUGAGCAAGUAUUUUGGUAGAAAAGUUGCGCACAGACAAAAAGAAAAAAAAAACAUCUUUGUAAAACU